AAGAUGGGCUGUAGACGCACAGACUGUGUUGAGAGACCUUUAUCGGGCUUGUUCGAGUGGCUUGGAUCAUUUGUUGGGUCCCAUCCCGUUUAUUUUUUGGUGAUUCCUCUGCUACUUUCAGCCGUGCUCAGUGGAGGCUUCACUUUCCUCAGAGACAGGGAAGACAAUGACAUUGAGCUGCAGUUCACACCCAGGAAAGGACCCUCGAAGAAAGCGAGAGAUUUUGUGAAAGACAACUUUCCGUACAAUGACUCAAUGUUUUCAGCAGAUAGGCUAUACGCCAAGGGCAAAUUUGCAUCCGUGAUUGCCGUAGCAACUAACAGUUCUGAUGUACUAAGAGAUGAAGCUUUUGAGGACAUCAUCCAACUCAACAAUAAGAUACUUAACAUCACUGUGGACAAUGGGAAGUUGGGAUUCAGCGACUUAUGUGCAAAGGCCAGCGGGGAAUGUGUGACCAACGAGAUCCUGGAAAUUAUUCACUAUAAUGCAAAUGGGACGAACCAAACCAGCAUCACCUUCCCUGUCCACACAUACAGAUCCAAGCCGCUCUUUCUGGGUUCUGUGAUUGGUGGCGUUCGUACAGACGCCAACGAUUCAGUCACAAGCGCUCGGGCUCUGAAACUCUUCUACAACUUAGAGGAUGAGGAGAGCACGGCGGAGGCUACAAAGGCGUGGCUGAGAGCGUUCAAAAGGAUCUUCUCAGCUGAGAGAAACAGCCAAGCCCUUGAGGUGUCUUACUAUACCUCAAAGUCCAGGCAGGAGGAGAUCGAGAUUCACACCACAGAUGGCUUCCCAUUAUUCCUCAUCACAUAUGCCCUUGCUAUCACCUUCUCAGUGAUAUCUUGCCUGAGACUGGACAAUGUGAGGAACAAGGUGUGGAUGGCUGUGAUCGGCGUCGUCUCCACUGGCCUGGCUGUCCUCUCUUCCUUUGGCUUGAUGCUUUACAUUGGAGUUCCCUUUGUUAUUACUGUGGCAAACUCUCCUUUCCUGAUACUUGGAAUUGGCCUCAACAACAUGUUUGUCCUGGUCUCCGACUGGCAGCACACCCACGUGAAAGACCCAGUGCCCAGGCGGCUGGCUCAUUCCUACAAAGAGGCGGCCAUGUCCAUCACCAUCACCUCCCUGAGCGAGGUCCUCAAGUUCUACAUCGGUGUCACGUCCGACUUCCCAUCGGUACAAUCGUUCUGCCUCUACACGAGCACCUCCAUUAUAUUCUGUUACAUUUACACCCUCACCUUCUUUGGAGCCUUCUUGGCUCUAAAUGGGAGGAGAGAAGCCAGCAACAGGCAUUGGCUGACCUGCAUGAAAAUACCCUCAGAGGAUCCUCAUCAUUGUUCUGACAUAUACAGCAUCUGCUGUGUGGGAGGGGAAUAUGAUAAAGAUACUGGAGCAGAGAAAAAACAGCCAGCUGGUGAUUUCUUUAAGAAGUACUAUGGCCCAUUUUUGGUAAAACCAUUUGUUAUGGCGGUGGUGCUCUGUCUUUAUGCUGGGUAUUUAGCUGUGAGUGUUUAUGGAUGUUUGCAUAUACAACAAGGGAUCGAGCUUUAUGAUUUGGCCUCUGAUAAUUCCCAUGUUGUUACAUUCCACAGGAAGGACAGGCAAUACUUUUCUAACUAUGGUCCAAAUGUGAUGAUUGUCAUCACUGAAGAGUUCCCAUAUUGGGAUACGACCAAGAGGUCUCAACUUCAGGCCUGCAUGGAAGAUUUUAAAAGGCAGCAGUUUGUUGAUGAGCAUAUUUACACAUCCUGGUUAGACUCUUAUUUGUCCUAUGGACAUGAUAACCAUUUAAAUCUUGAUGAUAAAGAUGUCUUUCUUAAAAAUCUGCCUUCCUUUUUUGAGUUACAUCCCUAUUUCAAGCAGGACGUGAACCUGACUGGAGGCAGCGUCCAUGCCUCCCGCUCCUUCAUUCAGACUGUUCACAUUGACAGCGCCAGCACGGAAAUAGAAAUGUUCAACGGCCUUAAAGCCACCGCAGGCAAAUGCACUGCAGCCUCUUUAUUAGUCUAUAACCCAGCUUUCAUCUUCUACGACCAGUACAGUGUAAUAAUCAGCAGCACUAUCAAGAAUGUUGGUGUGUUCACAGCUGUGAUGUUGGUCGUCUCCCUCCUGCUGAUUCCAAACCCCCUCUGCUCAUUAUGGGUGACUUGUUCCAUCGGCUCAGUGAUUGCGGGGGUGACUGGUUUCAUGGCGCUAUGGGAUGUCAGUCUCGAUUCCAUAUCCAUGAUCAUUUUCACCAUCUGCAUUGGCUUCACUGUUGACUUCUCUGCUCACAUAGCCUAUGCCUUUGCCUCCAGCAAGAAGCCAAGCCCUCAGGAGAAGAUUGUGGAGGCGCUCUCCAAUUUGGGGUAUCCCAUUCUUCAGGGCGCCAUUUCCACCAUUUUGGGCGUGUCGGUGUUGGCCGUGUCUGAAUUUCACAUCUUCAGGACCUUUUUUAAGAUCAUGCUCCUCGUCAUGUCGAUCGGGAUGGCUCACGGCCUCGUUUUCAUCCCAGUGCUUCUGGUGCUGUUUACAUGUAGGUCGGACGAGAGCAAAAGUGAGGAUGCAAGUUUCAUUAUCAGCAAUCGGUGA